UCACCUCAAGCUCAUCAAACCCGAACCCAAAACACACACAAAAAUUUUCUAUUCAAUUCUCUCAUUUUUUCCUCUAAAACGCUCACAAAUUUCCUUCUCAAACCCGCUAAUGGCUACCUCCCAGAAAACCCAGAAGAUGAAUAUCACAGCAGUUGUAUUCUUCUUAUUCAUCUUCACAUCUAAUUCAUUCUCUUCAGCUAGGCUUUUGAACGGCUUUCUGUCAAAUGGCCUGGCAGCUACAGAGCCAACUUUGAACCUUGAACUUCCCGUCGAGGAUUUCGACAAAUCGGGGCAAGAUCCUAAGCCGCAGGUUCUGCCAUGUGACCAUAUGGUUCCCAUCAGAAGCUCCCAUGUGGGGCUUGUAAGGUCUCCAAGACUCGCCGGAAAAUAUGGACCCAUGAUCCUGAGCAUGCUUCCCAAGGGACCCGUGCCAUCGUCUGGACCUAGCAAAGGAACCAACGACGUCAGAAACUAGAUAGCUUUGGUCUUCCAUGCUCUCCUAUAUGAAUUUCUUAUUCAUUUUUUUUGUCUUUUGGUCGUCAUAGUUAUACCUUUGAUUUUUUGUUUCUUUUCCCCAGUUUUUGCAUGCUAAUGAUAUGUAUAUAAUGAUUACAGAAUUAUUGAUAUAGGGUCUGAGAGAAAGGAGUUUUGUAUUUUUAUUAUUGAUUCUAUCAAUAAAAAUAGAUAUGUUGAAAAUUCAA